AUGCCUCAAUUAGUCCCAUUUUAUUUUGUUAAUGAAAUAACAUUUACUUUUAUUAUACUUGCUAUAACUGUGUAUAUUUUAUCUAAGUACAUUUUACCUAGAUUUGUUCGUUUAUUCUUAUCUCGUACUUUUAUAUCUAAACUUUUAGGAUAA